GCCACGUUUGAAUGAGUGCCGGGUGAAAGCUGAACAACGGCUCUGACUUGCGUGUCGCCUAUCUGACUUUUAAUUUUAUUGAAUUAACAAUUUAAUAAGUUAGACUACUCAAAAUUUGGAAAUAAUAUGGCAAGAGGGGAAGGGGCUGAGCAAUAUUCAGCCACAAGUUUAUUACCACCGAAACCAGGACAAGAUGAAAUUAAAAUCGCUAAGGGGGAACCGAGAAGGGACCAUUUGUCAAUCUGCAGCAAGAUCUGCUACGCCGUCGGCGGCGCCCCUUAUCAGAUCACGGGCAGUGCCCUCGGCUUCUUCCUGCAGAUCUACCUGUUGGACGUGGCACAGUUGGACCCGUUUUAUGCCUCCAUCAUUCUGUUCGUGGGUCGGGCAUGGGAUGCUGUAACAGACCCAGUUGUCGGCUUUCUCGUGAGCCGGAGCCAAUGGACUCGUUUUGGACGCAUGAUGCCUUGGAUCCUGAUCUCCACGCCAUUCGCUAUAAUGACGUACUUCAUGAUCUGGUUUGUUCCUCCGGUGGAGCAGGGGAAGGUGAUCUGGUAUCUGGUCUUCUACUGCCUCUUCCAGUCCCUCCAGACGUGUUUCCACGUGCCGUACUCUGCCCUCACCAUGUUCAUCAGCUCGGAGCAGAAGGAGCGAGACUCCGCUACUGCCUACAGGAUGACUGUGGAGGUGUUGGGCACAGUGCUUGGCACUGCCGUCCAAGGCCAGAUAGUGGGUGGCGCAGUCGCCCCCUGCAUCCGAACUGACCUGGAGGACCUGAACUCUACUCAGGGGUCAGAGGUCAACAUAUCGGGCAUCUCCCUGAAUGACACUAAACAAGCCUACAUGAUCGCUUCAGGUGUUAUCUGCAUCAUCUAUGUUCUCUGCGCCAUCGUGUUAUUCAUGGGCGUCAAAGAGCAAGAGGAGAGUGGGCGUCUGAAGGCAGAUCGCCGCCUGUCAUUCUUUGAAGGGCUGCGUAUGGUGCUUAGCUUCGGACCCUAUCUCAAGCUGGUCAUGGGCUUCUUGUUCACCUCACUGGCCUUUAUGCUCUUGGAAGGAAACCUCGCCCUGUUCUGCACCUACACUCUAGGACUGCGGGAAGACUUCCAGAAUGUUCUGCUGGCUAUUAUGCUCUCUGGCACCAUUUCUAUCCCAUUCUGGCAGUGGUUCCUCUCACGCUUUGGGAAAAAGACGGCCGUCUACUUUGGCAUCACGUGGGCGGCGCCCUUCAUGAUAAUGGUCAUCUGCAUCGAGCCUAAUCUGUACGUGGCAUAUUUGGUGGCGGUGGCAUCCGGUAUUAGCGUCGCAGCCGCCUUCCUUCUCCCAUGGUCAAUGCUGCCCGAUGUUGUGGAUGACUUCAAAGUGCAGAAUCCAGAUACUCAUGGCCAUGAAGCCAUUUUCUACUCUUUCUACGUUUUCUUCACCAAGUUUGCCUCUGGAGUUUCUCUGGGCGUCUCUACCCUCAGCUUGGAUUUCGCCGGGUACCAGACCAGUGCCUGCACCCAGCCGGACUUGGUGAAUUUCACCCUGAAGAUGCUGGUGGCGCCUGCCCCUGUGGUUCUCAUCUUCGUGGGCCUCGUCAUAUUCAAAACAUACCCGAUCACCGAGAAGAGGAGGCAGGGAAACCGCAAAGUGUUACAGGAGCUAAGGGACAUUGACCAGGAUUCACAGACAGACUCUACAGAGCUGGGAGACAUGGUCUAAGGAACAAAGGGAAUAUUACACACUCUUUUUCACACGCACAUACAUAACCACAUGUCUACAUAUAUAUGUGUGUGUGUGUGUGUGUGUGUGUGUGUGCACACACAAACCUCAAAGGUCACCACUCUGUGACUGUUCAUCUCGACUGUCAAGACUUUAAGGUCACCUUCAACGGCUGCCAUGGAUGUGCAUUAAGGUAUUCAGGGGGAGAAAAAAAUCAAGAAAAGUCCUGUCAGUGCUGAGGCUAGAGUCUGAAAGCGCCCCUCUCUGGUCAUCACAGGAACUACUCUACUUGUGCACCAGGCAUGACCCCGUGAUCAGUUCCUGAUUGCGUCUUCACAUCUUUGAGUGUCAUCAGCCAAAACAUGGGAUGCUCGUCGGAAUAAGGGGACACAACGAGUUUCUGUUCUCAUCAAUCCUCAUCGGUCCUUUAUUGUAAGCACAAAUGAAAGGAUGUUUUUGACCUGAUCGACUUCUUGUGUUGUUACCAAAGCAAGACGUCACAAGCACAAACGCCUAUGAAUGCACAAAUGCAACAGCAUUUACAAGCUUGUGCCUUGUGUUUGUUAUUUCAUAUGUAGCUUUGUCUGCAUACAACACCUCACACACAAGUGUGUUCAUGAUUGCACUUUUUACAACUCGGCUCACCAUUGCAGCUUGUUCUCUUUAGGGAUAUGGACCGAUCUGACUCCAGCCCACUACAUCUUACACUCUGCCAGAACAAGAUAGCUGUUGACUUGUCAUAAAUAAGCACUAAAAUCAGCAUCAGCUAUUACGUGGGUGAACCAGGGAGAGAAAGUAUUUUUCUAUCCUACCUGGAAAAUGUAGACAAACUAACACUUCCGUUAUGUUGCAGGUUUACCGGUAGUGGCACAUGCUCACAAAAUUCCUUGGAUUAAAACCGCUAAAAGCAGUUACAUUUAAAGUAAUAUUUAUAUGAAGUAAGAUAACAUUGUACUGUGAUGAUCAAUCUUCAGUAAAGAUUGUCAUUUAUUUAACAUUUGGACUCUUAACACAGCCAGAGUGAGCUGCUUUGGCAGCUCCUUGUGUGUACCCAUCAUGGUCGUUAUUUCAAAGGUGCUAUUGUCAUUUCAAUCAUUUUGAUAUAUGGCUGUGAAUUUGUUCGUAAAUGUAUAUAGAUGUACCGUCUCUCUGUGUCUGGUAUCCAGUUGUUGACGGACUUUUUUUUUUUUUAAAGAAAAAACAAAACACAAAAACACUGGAGACAUUGUCAGGCGACUGUGAUGUACUGUGAUAUUGUUUUAUGAUACUGUAAAAGGUUUUUCAGAAAAUAAGUUUAUUGCCAGAGAGAUUUUUGUACAUUUAAAAGAGGUCCUGGUCAACCAAUCUUUCAGACACCUACCUGCAUAUGUUGCCAUUCAUGCAUGUUUUUGGGGAAAGUAUGUGUAAACCUUUGAUGUGGUGUUAUCGCUGCAGUUUUGUGUUGUACUUGAUGGCAAAUCUUUAUGGUUUACUUUUGCUGUAACUGGAACAUUGUAUUAAACUGAAUUAGGCCUUGAUGCCUACAAUGGCAGCCAUACAACAAAACAAUGGCCUACAUUCUGAAAAUAUGUAUAUGUGUAAAUACUGUAAGUUGUAAAUACAUUCAGUGUUAUGUAGAUUAAAUUUGCCGUAAAAGAUGCUGCUAAGUCCAGGUACCAGACAGUCUGUUUUUGGGAUUGGCUGGGUACUAACUUGUAAUGAAAUGAAAAUGUUUCUGAUUUAAAUGUUAAGAUUAAAAUAAAUACUAAUAUAAAGUCA